AUGGCUAAUCUUCCUGGGAUCGUCCCUUCUUCUGCCGAGUACCAAAAAUUAGAGGUCAUGUAUGGCUUAUCCUCCUUAGAAGGUGUGGAAUUUCCCUCUACUGGCUCUAGUAUCUCUUCUCCCCCCCCUGGAAAAAUUGGGGUUUUCCAAAAAACCCUAGAUGCUGGCAUACAAUUGCCUCUAACAGAUUUCCAAGAGGAGGUUCUUCAAAAGGAUGGUUGCAGUCUUCAGAUGUUGACCCCUAACACUGUUAACAAAGUGGUUGCCUUCGAGAUGAUCUGUAGAGCCAAUGGAUAUGUUCUCGACUAUUUCGUUUUCAAGUUCUUUUUCCGGUUCUGCCUUACCAGUGACAAGUGUACUUUUUCGGCCCGGCGAGGGGACCUGUCCAGAAAAAUUUAA